AUUGUCAUUUUUCUCCUCUCCACCCUACAGGCAACCAUGAAUGUGUCCAGAGUCAACACUGUGACUGAAUUCAUACUCCUCAGUUUUCCCUGCUCCAGGGAGAGGCAGGGCUUUCUCUUCGUGCUCUUCUCUGUGUCUUACAUCCUGACACUGAUCAGCAAUGGGGUCAUUGUCUGUGCAGUGAAGCUGGAUCACAGGCUCCACACCCCCAUGUACUUUAUACUGGCCAAUUUCUCAUUCCUGGAGAUGUGUUAUAUCAGCACCACUGUUCCCAACAUGUUGAGGAACUUCCUAUCUGAGACCAAAACCAUCUCUUUCACUGCCUGUUUCCUCCAGAUGUACUUCUUCUUCUCCAUGGGCAUCACUGAGGCCUUCUUAUUGCCCCUCAUGGCUUUUGAUCGGUACUUAGCCAUCUGUAGGCCUCUCCAUUACCCUAACAUCAUGAGUGGUCAUCUCUGUAGGAACCUGGUGACCCUCUGCUGGGUAACUGGGUUCCUUUCUUAUCCAAUUCCUAUCUAUUUUAUCACACAACUCCCCUUCUGUGGCCCCAAUACCAUUGACCACUUUCUUUGUGACUCUGGUCCUCUUCUGGCACUGUCCUGCAUCCCUGCCCCUGGAAUUGAGCUUUCCUGUUCAAUAUUGAGUUCCCUUAUCAUCUUCAUCACCUUCUUCUUCAUCAUUUGGUCCUACACCCUGGUUCUCAGAGCAGUGUUGCGUAUGCCAUCAGCAGCUGGUAGACAUAAAGCCUUUUCCACCUGUGGUUCCCACCUAGCUGUGGUUUUUCUGUUCUAUGGAACCAUCAUGAUGAUGUACAUCAGCCCAAGUUCUGGAAACCAAAUUGGGAGCCAUAAGAUUAUAACCUUAAUGUACUCAGCAGUGACCCCACUUGUAAACCCUCUGAUCUACAGUCUCCGGAACAAAGACAUGAAGGCUGCCUUGAGAAAGAUUGUACAAUGUACAAAAAUUAGUCAAACCAAAUGAAAUGAGAUUAGAACCCAUGAAUGGACCAAGAGCAGACUAUUAUUUUUCCCCGUUUCUACUUACACUUAAAAUGAGUCAUCAACUAUUUGCACCUAGAAAUAC